GUCAGUCUUCUGUUUGGCUGCUCUCUGGUAUCUCAGGGCUGCUAGUAUUUCCGACCCGAAGCGGUCUGGUGUGCUGGAGAGGACGUGUUUUCAAGGGGGAAAAGGGAGCUGAGGGGGGCGGGGGACGGUUCGGGCACGAGGAUGCUGGCGCUGUGAGGCGCGGCCGCCAUUUUGCGGCGAGCGGGUGUGUAAUGGAGGGCGGAGGCCUCGGCGCCCUGCUCUCUCACUCGACGCUUCCCGGCUCUGAGGACCCGCUUCCCAUUCCUCCGUCUUCCGUCCUGCGGCUCCCCGGGACGGUGGCAGGGGCGCCAGACACUUUCUUGAUAAGACCGUCAUUGGACAUUCAAAUGGAGGAAAAUUUUGUUGUCAGAAUUCGUGGACUUCCAUGGUCCUGCACAGCUGAUGAAGUCUUGCGAUUCUUCUCAGAUUGCAAAAUAUUAAAUGGAACUGCAGGGAUACACUUCACUUAUUUGAGAGAAGGCCGUCCAAGUGGGGAAGCUUUUGUUCAGCUAGAAACUGAGGAAGAUGUAAAAUGUGCCCUCGCAAAAGAUCGAGAAAGCAUGGGGCAUAGGUACAUUGAAGUGUUUGAAACGAAAGCCACUGAAAUGGACUGGGUACUAAAACACGUUAACCCAAGUCAAACAGAAUCAACAAGUGAUGGAACAGUACGCCUUAGAGGCUUGCCAUUUGGAUGCAGCAAAGAGGAAAUCUUGCAAUUUUUCACAGGGUUGGAAAUCGUGCCAAAUGGGAUAACAUUGCCGGUGGACUACCAGGGGAGAAGCACGGGGGAAGCCUUCGUGCAGUUUGCAUCAAAGGAGAUAGCUGAAAAAGCACUGGGGAAACACAAGGAAAGAAUAGGGCACAGGUAUAUUGAAAUCUUCAGAAGCAGUAGAGGGGAGGUUCGAGCUUAUCAUGAUCCUCCAAGAAGGUUAAUGGGACAACGUCCAGGACCCUACGACAGGCCAAUGGGUGGAAGAAGUGGCUAUGGUGGUCCAGGCCCAAUGAGAGGAGACAUGUUUGACCGUUCACGCCGAGGCUCUGCUUAUGGUGGUGGUUAUGGCAACUUCGAUGAUUAUGGUUAUAAUGAUUAUGGUUAUGGACGUGAUGGAUAUGGACACAAUAUGAGAGGAGUUGGAAUGAUGGAUAGAGGGAUGGGAAACCGUGGUUAUGGUGGAGCAGGAGAUGCCAGUCCACUCUUUCAGAAUGGUACAGGUCAUUAUGUACAUAUGAGAGGAUUACCUUUUAGAGCUUCAGAAGGUGAUGUUGCUGAUUUUUUCUCACCACUGAUUCCUGUGAAGAUCAGCUUCGAAUAUGGCUCAGAUGGUCGCCUGACUGGAGAAGCUGAUGUUGAGUUUGCUACUCAUGAAGAUGCUGUUGCGGCCAUGUCCAAAGACAAAGCACAUAUGCAACAUCGAUAUAUUGAGCUUUUCCUGGACUCAACUGCCAAUAUGGGAAGUGGCUAUGGAGCUCAUAGAAUGGGUGCUAUGGGUAUGGAUCAUUAUGCUGCAGGUAAUCAAGGAGGCUAUGGGCAUAAUGGUCAGAGUAUGGGAAAUAGCUAUGGCAACAUGGGAAAUAGUUAUGCGGGCUAUGGAAAUGCUGGAAAUGCACGUGGAUAUGGCUAUGGUGGUAUCGCAGGAGGAUAUUCCAGUAAUCCAAAUCAGAACAUGGCAAUGGGUAGCUUGGACACAAACAUGGCUGGAUGGAGAAUGUAAACCAUUAAGCGACUGGACUGUGAGUCAGAAGCUUCAAGAAACCAAUCUGCCACGUAAUGGAUGACCAAUGCAGCAGCACUGCUGUUUUCUUCCAAGAUCAAAAGCAGUAAUAUUUUUACUAAUAGAGCUACUUUGCAAUUCUUUUUAUUUUUUUACAUGUUUUGGUGUAAAAGUCUAGAAAUAAAUGUUGCCCAAUAUUGGGUAACUGUUUGAAGCUUCAGGUAUUUGACCUGAUGGCAAAGGGGAGAAAUUGUCUCGAUAAAUUUCGACUUGAGUGAAUGUGGCAAAUCAAAGUAAACAUCUAGUGCGAAGCUUUCUUUUGAACUUUUGUUUUAUUUUAAUUAAAUCUAACUUGGAUUAUCAUUUUAAAAACUCGAAUGAGCAAGUUGUAAUUGUAUGCUAUCUUCUACUUUGGUACCAUUUGAAAUGGGGAGAGGUUCAGUGGGUAUUUUUAAUGCAGUUACCAGAACUUCAACCACAAAUGUCUGUAAUUUGCUCAAUAUUGUUGUCACACAUGCAGUAAUGGGCAUUCGGUAGAACAUCUUUGGCAUUCUCUUUUGAAGGCAAUUUUUUACCAUUUUUUUUUCUCUUGCCCAGUAUUGUUCCAGUUGGUUACAUGUUUCCUCUUGUCAUCCUGUUUAUAUUUUUUUCUCUCCAUUGGCCUCUAUCCAUUCAGUCAUGAGACUCAGUUGGAUUGAGAUGGGGCAGCUCCUAGCCCAUUCCAUUAUAGGGAAUUUCGCCCAGUUUUGACUCCCUCGAAUGCACUAAUGGUUAAACUAAUGCACAGGUGUUGAGGGUUGAGCUGUCACCCAUCCAGUUGUUUCAACGGAUUCUUCAGCAUUUGGCAUUGAAAUUCAGCAAACAUGUUUUUCUAGCCGUUGCUAUGUUAAUUUUUUUAAUGUCUGUGUCUGGUUAACAUGGUAUGUUAACCUGAUUCUUAAACUUUUGAUUGUUAGCUAUGUAGUUUUAAAAAUGAGAAGUGUAUAUUUGUACCUUUCUACAGGAGGUGCUUUUUGGGUUACUAUUCUUCAGUAGGAUCUAUUGACUUUGACACUUCAAUGUGCAAUUUCUGAUAUGUGCACAUUUUGUCAAACAUCUGUGAAAGAUGACUUACUGUACAUUUCUAAUGGUGAAUAUAAUAAAGUGUAAUUUCAGAACUCUGGCAUAGCCAAGAUC